AACCCGCUCCGACCUCCCCUGUCCGAGCAUGAAAAAAUCGCCGUUCCAACUUUCCCCAAUCGUCCCUUCUCUCGUCUUCAACGCGGCGGUUCUUUUGGGGCGAUUUUCUCCCUCUCUCUCUCUCUCUCUCUCUCUCUCUCUUUCUUUUUCUCUCGCUCGCAACCAACCUACAGCGCCUACUCCGCCUCCUCGUCCGGUCUCCAUCCCGGUUCAGCCGUCGUCCCCAGUCCGAGUGCUUUGCGCCAACACACUCAAGUCACCGCAGCCACAGUACCAGCCUUUCGUCAUCUCCCAGGAACAUUGCUCGACAAAUCCUCCUCCUCACUCAGCUCCAGCUCCAGCCCGUCACCAAGCAAGCAUCCUAUUCGUUUGCCCGAAUUUUUGCCUCUUCCUCUUGCCCACCAAUCUUGCCAUUCCCCUCUCAUCUUGCUUCGUCGCACCCCUCUCGGCCUUGUCUCACCCAAAGACACACAGACAACGAAGAGGUCAAGCCCUCGAACUCGAAGCAAGCAAGAAAGGGCAGCAAGUUCCCAUAAAGCCCGCAUCAACCCUUUCUCUCACGGACUUCCUGCAUCCUGCUCUCGCGCCUCAUUCUCAUCAUCUUCUCUUUCUUUUCGCCCACACACAGACAGGGAAAAAAGACCGACAGCUGCAGCAUCACAGACGCUUCAAGUAACCCAACGUCACGUACCAAGCCGCCGGGUCGUCGAAUCAAUCGUCUUGUUACUCCUUUCUUCUUCGCUGAGACCUGCUCCUCCAAAGUUACCCUGACAACAGACCUCUUCUCCUCCCUACCAUGGCGCAUUCGGCCGCAGUCAUCGGGUCCACCGGCCUUGUCGGAUCCCACAUCCUCACCAACCUCAUCACCUCUGAGGCCUUUGCUGCCGUCAACACUAUCUCACGCCGCCCGCCCAAGGCCGGCGGCCUCACGCUGAAGCCUAUUAUCGAGCAGGAUACCUCGGCUUGGCCACCCAAGUUGGCCGCCCUGCAGCCGCUCCCUACCGUCGUCUUCUCGGCCCUCGGUACCACGCGCGCCGCUGCCGGCAGCAUCGCCGAGCAGUGGAAGAUUGACCAUGACCUUAACGUCGAGCUCGUUAAGGCCGCAAAGACGGCCGGCUGCAAGGCCUUUAUCUUCAUCUCGAGCGCCGGCACCCGAGGCGCCCUCUCGGCCCAAGCGCCCUACAGCAAGAUGAAGAACGGCGUCGAGGAUGCCAUCAAGGAGGCCGGCUUCGACCACGGAAUUAUCCUGAAGCCCGGCAUGAUCCUUGGCCAGCGCGAGGAGAGCCGUGCCGCCGAGGGCAUCUUCCAGAGCGUCAUCAGGACCCUUGGCAUGGUCAGUCGCAACAUCCAGGACAGCAUUGGCCAGGAGGCCGAGGUCAUUGCUCGCGCCGCCGUGCAUGCAGCUGUUCUUGUGGAGCAAGGCAAGGCGCCGGCCGGAGUGUGGGAGAUUAGCGGCGCCGAGAUUGUUCGGCUUGGGCGGACGGAGUGGAAGCACGGCCCUUGGCCCCGCUCUUAGGUUCUGAGCCUCUGUCAAGUGAGUAGUCGGAAGAACGGUGCGGUGAUACGGCGGCGUCGAGGUUCGGCAGUGUUCGUUCGACCGAGUGACCCAAUGGCAACAACCAGGGUCUCGUCCCGCAGAAGUUGAUUCGCCGUCGCCCAGAGGUCCAUCCGCCUUACUCUCCUCAUGUCCGUUGAUCUUGCAGUCGAUAAGUGUGUUGGUUUGAUGAAAUUUGUUGAUAUCCCUCUUGUACGAAACCAUUCACUGUCUCUCUAGACGAGAAACUGUUGUGCCUGAGCAGCGCGUGUUUUCCUGAUUUUGCAUCCGUAUACCAAACAAAUAUAUACCCUCGUUUAUCGGAAUCAAAUAUCAUAUCCCAAAACUUUACAUAGUACACGAGAC